CCAGCCCGCCCGCCCGCCCGGAGGGAGGGCGAGGACGCCAGGGCGCCCCGAGGGCCCCCCAGCGCGGUUCCGCCCCGGGCCCAGGAAGCUGUGAGCUCCCUAAUGUCAUACACUGGCAUGAGAACACCGUGUGUUCUUUAAGUAGAGCUAUGAAAACGAAGAACCCGAUCAGCCAACUAAAACACUGGGAUCGUCCUUUUCAAGACCCAGAGCUCCAGCAUUCUUUGGCUUAAGAGACAGAGAGGCACCUGGGAAAAUGUGGGCAAGGAAUCUUAUGGCCCGAGCCUUGUACGACAAUGUCCCGGAGUGUGCCGAGGAGCUGGCUUUCCGCAAGGGAGACAUCCUGACUGUCAUCGAGCAGAACACGGGGGGACUGGAGGGAUGGUGGCUCUGCUCCUUACACGGCAGGCAGGGCAUUGUCCCUGGCAACCGGGUGAAGCUUCUGAUUGGCCCCGUGCAGGAGACCUCCUCCAAUCAGGACCUGCCCACGUCGGGACUGGGGCCGCCGCCCUUUGGCCAACAGAAGCUCUAUCAAAUACCAAACCCACAGGGCACCCCUCGAGACAGCAUCUACCAAGUGCCGCCCUCCUACCAAAAUCAGGGAAUUUACCAAGUCCCCACCGGCCAUGGGACCCAGGAACAAGAUGUGUAUCAGGUGCCACCUUCAGGGCAGAGAGGCGCUGGGGGCGCUAACGGUCCCCACCUAAGUAAAAAGGUGAUCACGCCGGUGAGGACAAGCCAUGGCUAUGUGUACGAGUACCCGACCAGAUACCAAAAGGACGUCUACGAUGUCCCUCCUUUCCAGACGGCUCACGGGGUGUACGACAUCCCGCCGUCCUCUGUGAAGGGCCCCAUGUUUUCUGUCCCAGUGGGAGAAAUAAAGCCUCAAGGAGUCUAUGACAUCCCUCCUAGCAAAGGGGGAUAUUCCACUCCACCCUCCGGCUACAGAGAUGAGGCCGGGCUCCUGGAGAAAGAGUACGACUUCCCGCCUCCGCUAAGGCAAGCGGGCAGGCCCGAGGGUGUCUAUGACAUCCCCCCGACGGGCGCCAAGACCCUGGGGAAGGACCUGCACCCUAAGUACAACGGCGACGCCCCCGGAGCUGCCGAGCUGGCCCCGCGGAGACACGGGGGCGCGUCCCUGACCCAGCCGGCCCCCCAGCCGGCCCCACCCGUGGGCUCCCAGAACAACGAUGCCUACGACAUCCCCCGGGGCGUCCAGUUUCUGGACACGCCAGCAGAGACCAGCGAGAAGGCCAGCCCGGAAGAGAGGGACGGGGUGUACGACGUACCGCUGCACCAGCCGCCGGAAGCCAAGGGCCCCGCGGACGUGGUGGACGGCAUCAACCGGCUGUCCUUCUCCAGCACGGGCAGCACGCGGAGCACCAUGUCCACGUCCUCCACCACCUCCAAGGAGUCCUCGCUGUCCACCUCCCCGGCGCAGGACAGGAGGCUCCUCCUGGACCCUGACGCAGCCCUCGAGCGCCUGCUCCGGCUGCAGCAAGCCCUGGACGGGGCCGUCUCCAGCCUGAUGGCGCUGGUCACCACGGACUGGCGGAGCUACGGCUACAUGGAGCGGCACGUCAACGGGGUCCGCGCCGCCGCGGACAGGGUGGAGCUGGCCCUCAGGGACUACCUGCACUUCGCGCAGGGCGCCGCGGCCAACGCCGCCUGCCUGCCCGAGCUCGUCCUCCACCACAAGGUGAAGCGCGAGCUCCAGCGGCUGGAGGACUCCCACCAGAUCCUGGGCCAGACCAGCCACGAGCUGAGCGAGUGCGGCUGGUCCCUGAACGUGCUGGCCGUCCACAAGCCCCACAACAAGUGGGACAGCCUGGACCGCUUCGUGAUGGUGGCCAAGACCGUGCCGGACGACGCCAAGCAGCUCACCACGACCAUCAGCACCAACGCCGAGGCCCUCUUCAGAGCCGGCCCCGGGAAGGGCGGGCCGGAGAGCAUCACGAACUCCACCGAGUACCCGCCCGCCGGCUCCCCGGGGCAGCUGCUGCCCCCCGGGGACCACAAGGCCCCCGCCCUCAACAAGCCACUGCCCCCCAGCCUGGGCAAGGAGCAGCCCCCCGACUGUAGCAGCAGCGAUGGUUCGGAAAGGAGCUGGAUGGAUGAUUAUGAUUACGUCCACCUGCAGGGGAAGGAGGAGUUCGAGAGGCAACAGAAAGAGCUCUUGGAAAAAGAAAAUAUCAUCAAACAGAAUAAGACGCAGCUGGAACAUCAUCAGCUGAGUCAGUUCCAGCUGCUGGAACAGGAAAUCACGAAGCCCGUGGAGAACGACAUCUCCAAGUGGAAGCCGUCCCAGAGCCUCCCGACCACCAGCAGCGGUGUGAGUGCGCAGGACCGGCAGCUCCUGUGCUUCUACUAUGACCAGUGCGAGACCCAUUACAUCUCCCUGCUCAACGCCAUCGACGCCCUCUUCAGCUGCCUCAGCUCGGCGCAGCCUCCCAGGAUCUUCGUAGCCCACAGCAAAUUUGUCAUCCUCAGCGCCCACAAACUGGUGUUCAUCGGAGACACGCUGACCCGGCAGGUGGCCGCCCAGGACGUUCGCAACAAAGUGAUGAACGCCAGCAACCAGCUCUGCGAGCAGCUCAAGACUAUAGUUUUGGCCACCAAGACGGCCGCGCUCCACUACCCCAGCACCCCCGCCCUGCAGGAGAUGGUCCACCAGGUGACCGACCUGUCCAGGAACGCACAGCUCUUCAAGCGCUCUCUGCUGGAGAUGGCCACGUUCUGAGCGGAGAAGCGGGAGAGGGAGCACUGCCUUGGGGUACUGAGGGAAACUGGAAAAUACUCUCUGGUUUUUGUAAAUCUUGUCUAUUUUUGUAGAUAUUUUUGUAUAAAAGUGAGAGACUUUAACAUUUGAGGGGUUAGAUGGCAUUCAGAAAUUCAGGGAACUCCAGGGGGCAGGUGGCUUUUUUUUCCCCCCUGUGUGGUUCUUAUGUACACACGUCAGCACCUGAGACACAAACUGUACAGAAUCUUGUCCACGUGUGUGUGACUACCUGUUCAUGUUCGUUUGUAGAUGUUUGUCUGAUACAUUCCAUUAAGAACCAUGAGUUAAGAAGCACCUUAGGAAGCACCUCCCAAUGCUGCAUUUUCUUUUUAGAAAAAACCUACCAGCUGGUUGUAAUAUUGCUCUACACAUACUCGUGAUUGUUCUGAGUCUGUUGCUCCCAAGUCUGAGACACAUAGCGAUGUAUUUGCAAGUGUUCACCUUCCAUAAGGAGGCGGGUUAACACCUUGUUUUCCUUUUUGAAAGCCCUUCCAAAAUUGGCCGUCUCGGGCAUGCUAUUGCAAGAUGCCUCACUUCUGGAUGGGAAAAAAACCCUCUUAGAAAGUUUCAGAAAGUAUUGAUAUAUCUUAACCCAAACUCUGACACAUUAAGUGCCAGAGGAGAGACACGUGUAUUUUGAGGCUGUAUCCCGAUUAGGGCUGGGUUGUUUCAACAUAGAGGGGAUGCUGUCCCAAUAAAAGGAGACCACGUGUUCCCCAAAGGUUUUCUUUGAUGGCCCCACCAGGUGGCAUGUGGGAUCUUAGUUUCCACACCAGGGGUGGAACCCAUGCCCCACGGAACUCCCCCAUUGGGAGUUCAGAGUCUUUAACCACUGGGCCACCCAGGAAGUCCUUCCCCAGGGCUUUUUGAUCAUCGGCACUUAUGAAUGAUUGGGCCAUGAGAUUUUUCCAAAGGAUGUUUUCAGAUUGGCAAAAAAAGCAUAUUGUUUGCAGCAGGAAUUCCUAAAGACACAUCGGACUAUGGUCAUCCACAAAAGGAAGACGGUUCCACCUGAGUUGUAAGCAGAGGCCUUUCUGACUCAUUAUACUCUUAGGUGCUGCUAUCCCUGGUACCUGAGGGAAGCUAGCCAGUUCCUCAAUCACCUAAACGCUAGAGCCGCCAGGCCAGAUCUUAUUCUUAAGAGAAGUCGUGGCUUGAUCCUCUACGCUCCCUAAAACGUGCACAUGCAGACCCGGCGCUGAGAGCAGCUGUCUGGAGCCCAUCUAGGCUUUACAGCUCUGCCUGGCCACUGACCCCAUGUACACAGCCCAUUCUGUCCCCCAGCUCAGCACAGCAUCCAUUCCACAGUCUUUCCUCCGCUACAUGCUGGGGUCGGCACAGCACGAACACAUCACGAGCCGUCGGAUUCAUCACGGGGCAGAUGAAACCCUUCCUACCCAAUGGGUAAAUGUAUUCACAUAUCACCAAGUCAAGAAGCAAGUUAUUUAUGGCUUAUCAGUCCAGUUUUUAUUUAAUGAUCCCAUUCCAGUCAAUUGGAAAAUGUUUGAUUUGCAAUAUAUGCCUUGACUUAAUUAAGCUUGCUUGUUUUAGACGACCAAAUUAUCGGAACAGGAAAGGAUUUAGGAGAGAAGGAUACAUGAUCUAAGUGGGAUUAAAGAAAAAAAUAAAAAUCAGUGCUCGCUUCGGCGGCACAUAUACUGAAGUUGGAACGAUACACAGAAGAUUAGCAUGGCCCCUGCGCAAGGAUGACACGCAAAUUCGUGAAGCGUUCCAUAUUUUUACGAAAAAAAUUAAAAAAUUAAAAAAAAAAAAAAAUCAGUGAAACUUACUCAGAAGGUGCUUUUCAGAACAACCACUGUUGUAGUUCUCAACGUUCUAUUCUGCCAAAAGAAGCUGGGAUUGCUGUAGGACAAGCAAGUGUGUGUGGAGGAAGGGGGUUGCUGAAUAUCAACAAUGAGUUUGAAAAAGUGUCCUUGUAGAUUUCAUUGUAUAAUGUGUAUUUCUUAGGAGAUGACUUGUUCUAAGCUAAGAGGUGACAUUUCAUGUUUUCAAAACCAAAAUGUUCAAUCUGUAUUAAUCUCUUUCCCGUACUAUAUGUAGAGGCUAUUUUUACAUCAUUAAAAUUUUAGAUGUCUGUUUUCAUA